GAUGGGGGCAUGGUUCUCUUUGGGGGCGUGGUUAUUUCGGAAAUCUUGGUGAAGUCUCCAAGUUGAUGUUUCUAAGCAAGCGGGAGGCGAGGCUUGGGGCGGGGCUCCAGUGAUGGGCGGGUCCAGAGGAGCGUCCUCGGCGGGCUGCUGGACCUGCGCUCAGCACUAGAGUCAUUGCUAGCUCUUCCGCUUGCUGGUUGCACUUCUCAGCCAUGGCUCCUCGCUGCUGGCACUGGUGGCGCUGGUCCGCGUGGUCUGGGCUUCGGCCGUCUCCCUCCAGGAGCACUCCGACCCCAGGCUUCUGCCAGAAGUUCUCCACACAGGAGAAGACCCCUCAGAUCUGUGUGGUCGGCAGUGGCCCAGCUGGCUUCUACACAGCCCAACACUUGUUAAAGCACCACACCCAUGCCCACGUAGACAUCUACGAGAAGCAGCUCGUGCCAUUCGGCCUGGUGCGCUUUGGUGUGGCACCUGACCAUCCUGAAGUAAAGGGCAAUGUGGUGGUGGGCAGGGACGUGUCGGUUCCAGAGCUUCGGGAAGCCUACCAUGCUGUGGUGCUGAGUUAUGGAGCAGAGGACCACCAACCCCUGGGAAUUCCUGGCGAGGAGCUGCCUGGAGUGGUCUCAGCCCGGGCCUUUGUGGGCUGGUACAAUGGACUUCCCGAGAACCAGGAGCUGGCGCCAGAUCUGAGCUGUGACACGGCUGUAAUUCUGGGACAGGGGAAUGUGGCUCUGGAUGUGGCCCGGAUCCUGCUGACCCCACCUGAGCACCUGGAGAAAACAGACAUCACAGAGGCUGCAUUGGGGGCCCUGAGGCAGAGUCGGGUGAAGACUGUGUGGAUAGUGGGCCGGCGUGGGCCCUUGCAAGUAGCGUUCACCAUUAAGGAGCUUCGGGAGAUGAUUCAGUUGCCAGGAACCCGGCCCAUUUUGGAUCCUUCGGAUUUCUUGGGCCUCCAGGACAGAAUUAAGGAUGUCCCCCGUCCAAGGAGGCGGCUAACAGAACUGCUGCUUCGGACAGCCACGGAGAAGCCAGGAGUGGAAGAGGCUGCCCGCCAGGCACUGGCCUCCCGGGCCUGGGGUCUCCGCUUUUUCCGAAGCCCCCAGCAGGUGCUCCCUACCCCAGAUGGCCAACGGGUAGCAGGCAUCCGCCUGGCAGUUACUAGUCUAGAGGGUGUUGGGGAGUCCACUCGGGCAGUGCCCACAGGAGACGUGGAGGACCUCCCUUGUGGACUGCUGCUGAGCAGCGUUGGGUAUAAGAGCCGCCCCAUCGACCCCAGCGUGCCCUUUGACCCCAAGCUUGGAGUCAUCCCCAACACAGAGGGCCGGGUUGUGAAUGUCCCAGGCCUCUACUGCAGUGGCUGGGUGAAGAGGGGACCCACAGGUGUCAUCACCACAACCAUGACAGACAGCUUCCUCACCAGCCAGGCGCUGCUGGAGGACCUGAAGGCGGGGCUGCUGCCCUCCGGCCCCAGACCCGGCUAUGUGGCCAUUCAAGCCCUGCUCAGCAAUCGAGGAGUCCGGCCAGUGUCUUUCUCAGACUGGGAGAAGCUGGAUGCUGAGGAAGUCUCUCGAGGCCAAGGUACUGGGAAACCAAGGGAGAAGCUGGUGGAUCGAAGAGAGAUGCUGCGGCUGCUGGGCCACUGAACCUGGGCCCCAGCCCCUACCGUGCAAGACAAGAGCCGGACAGUCUGGGUUGGACUCUUCUCUCGUUCAUUAUGUUAUUGACGGCCCUGGCUUAGACGCCGAACCGUGCCCUUUCCAGGGGCCUCUGAGCUCUGCCUUCUGCAAGCUGACCUCCCAGUGUGGCUUGAGGCCAAGGAGGGAACCUGAAGCUAGGGAUGGAUGGAGAUACAGACUGACCCUACCCGUCCUGCUUCCUUUCUGAUGGACCUUGGAGGGCCUCUAGAACGGAACACAGUGGAAAUAAAACAGAUGUGCCUAAGA